UCAAGAAGAAGAAGAAGAGAUAUAUAGUAAUUUAAAACAUCAGCAAGAAGUUGACCCCAACAUUUGUCCCAAGAAAUGAUGCUUGCUUGCAUAUAAGUAUGGGGAUAGUAGUAGACAUGAGCAGCUAGCAAUAGGGGAGAUGGAGGUGAGAAGGGAGGAGAUGGGGAAGGGAAAGUCUGAGCUGAGGAUAGCCAUGGAGGAGCUGUCCUUGCCAUGUCCAGGAGAUGAGGAUGAGCAGCAGCAGCAGAGGCAGAAAAGGUCAUCCACCAUGGACCUCCUCUGGGUCUCCAAGCACCUCAUCCAUGUCCUUGAUAAUGUUGGACCAACGUUACUAGUCCUGAGGCAAGACAUUCAGCAGAAUGUUCAGAGAUUACAGGAUGUGCUUGCAAGGGACCCUUGCAAGUAUGCAAGCCUGACAGCAAUAGUAACAGAGGAAGUGGAGGAAGGGACCUCAAAGAAGGUCAACAGCUGCACCAGAGCUAUUGUCUGGCUGGCUAGGUCGAUUAAUUUCUCAAAACAUUUACUGGAGGGGUUGCUGAACACCCGCGAUCAGUCGAGCCUCGAAGAGAUCGUCGAGAAAACAUAUGCAACUACUUUGAAGCCAUGGCAUGGUUGGAUUGCAUCAGCUGCUUAUAGGGUGGCACAGAAGCUCAUUCCAGAAAGGGAGAUCUUCAUAGCAUUGCUGAUGGGGAACUGUCAGGAAAUUGAGGAUUUUGCAGAGGACGUGAAGGUCCUUCUCACCAUUGUCCAGCCACUCCUAGAUGAGGCCAAUGCAAUUUUGGUCAAGCAUAACUUGGACAAGCUGAAAUCCACCUAGAACAAAAAAAAAAAAAAGGAUGUGCAUAGCCUACAAUCACCUGAUCAUGAUUAAUGUACAUAAUAGCUACAUUAGUUAGCCUUGCCUUGUGAAAAAUAAUCUGUAGAUUUGAAGUGGCAAAUGUAAAGUAAAACAAAGUUGCUGUGCGUGCUCUCGAUCACCCUGGUAGCCUUAGUGGACAUUUUUCACUUUUCAGAGAAAGCUGGUUCUGAAAGAAUCUACUCAA